CGACAUGCUACACAUGCAAAGCCGUAUAAGCCAAUAGCAGUGCUCGUACGUUUAACACCAGACGGUGGGUGGAUCAUUGCUAUCGUAAUAGGUUGUUAUAUCAAAAUAAAUAAGAAAGAACUGACGUGGGCUAAAAAAUAUACGAUAGGGUAAAAGAUCUAUUUCAUACCAGUCUCCUACAGUCAACUCAAUAGUACAGUAGGAAUCCACAAGUUUAACAUAAAUUACGCCUCGGUUUUGUUAUUCGACGUUUCCCGAAUAUUGCCAUUCGACAGAGAAUCUGACAUAAGAAAAAACAUUAUCGCAUCAUAAUAAUGGAAGGCGCGCCCGUUAGGUUAAUCGUAAAAGCACCUAAUCAACAGAUCGACGAUCAAAUUAUCAAAUGUGAUGUUACCUGGACUGUCGGAAAACUUAAAGAACGUCUUUCUGAAGUCUAUCCCAGUAAACCAAAAAGUUCUGAACAGAAGCUCAUAUAUUCUGGCCAAUUGUUAAACGACUCGUCAUAUUUGAAGGACAUCCUACGCCAGUAUGAUAGUUCUGAUGAUCAACCAUUUACGAUGCAUUUAGUAUGUGCGCCACAUAAAGCCAGCAUAGAAAAAACUGAUAUUGAGCCAACACAGACCUGUGCAGGAGAAAAUAUGGGUACUGAGAAUGAAGUAGAAAUUCUAGGUUCAAGAACUGAAAGACUUGAGGAUAUUAAUCCAGAGAACAACAGUAGUAGUUCACAGUUACCACCAGUACAACUUUACUCACAACAAUUUUAUGGACAGUUUAAUGGCCAGCAAAUGGCAUGGAUGCAACAGGCUUACACGCAUUAUCUUACACAAUACAUGCAACUUAUGGCUGCACAAGGAAUCCAGUUGCAAAGUAGCAUUCCCUACGUUCAAUCAACGAACGUGAACGUAAGUGAUACAGCGCAUAACAACAAUGUGAACAAUAACAAUGUCGAAGAUGUAGAACCCCAACCACGAGCUCUUGCGGUUGAUCCACCAGAAGCAGGAAAUGUAGCUGGCGAUGAGGCAGUAGCAGGAUUACAUCGUGAUUGGUUGGAUUUCCUGUACAUGCUCUCCAGAAUGAUCGUCCUUUUCAGCAUAGUCUAUUUCUAUUCCUCGCCGUUGAGGUUUCUCAUUGUCACCUUCCUGGGAUUUGCCAUUUAUUUAUAUCAAGGUGGCUUUUUCCGAGUUCAACCGAUUAUGUUACUGGAAAACAACAAUGGCCGUGUUGACAACAAUAACCAGAUUCCGCAGAACGUACGUGUGAAUCCGCAGGCGGCACCUGUACCGCAAGGUGCAGAAACACCGAGGACAGUUCACACUGAAGCAGGGACUAAUCCGAACGAGGAAAACGAGGGUGAAAGACCCGGUGCUUUGGCAUUUACUUGGACUUUCUUUAGCUCGUUCUUUACUUCGCUUAUUCCUGACCAACCAAAUGUCAUUUAAUUCCGGUUAUUUUUGCGAUCUCUUCUCUCUAACUAUUGUAAAUUAUUUCACUUCUUGUCAAAAUAUUUAUACACAAUGUCAAGUGAAACGAGGCAGUAUCUUUAGAAAAUUCGUGGAGCGUUCUGUUGAAAAUCUAUUGACAUAACAAAUUUUUGGACUGAAUUUGCUCGUGAAGUUUAUGCGAGUUUUCUUCAUUCAUGUUGAUGUUUCUAUAGUGAUAAGUUCCUGUUGCUUCUUGCUGAAGGUCUAAAAAUUGUCACGCUGUUUCCAAAGCUCCUAGAUCUAUUUGUACAAUACUUUUUUAUGCUCUGUAGUAUUAUUUAAAAAAAAACAACGACAACAAAUAUAUACUGUGUAUAUAAAUAUUAAAUAUGCGCAAUUCAUUAUUGUAGAAAAUGUUAUUUAAUAGUCCAUAGAAUAAACAUGAGAAUAUGCUGAA